AUGUCUACCCUCUCCGACGCAGAACAGAACCUCAUCGAAGUCGCGACCAGCGCCAUCGAGGCCAUCCCGCUGUCUGAAGACUACAGCGUCGCCAGCGCCGCGCUCGCAGAAGACGGCCGUAUCUUCACGGGCAUCAACGUCUACCACUUCACCGGCGGACCGUGUGCUGAGCUCGUCGUCCUGGGCGUCGCGGCCGUAGCUGGACCUCCGAAACUCACCCAUAUCGUGGCCGUCGGGAACCAGGGGAGGAUGGUGCUCAGUCCGUGUGGUCGCUGCAGACAAGUGCUGUGCGAUUUGCAUCCGGACAUCAAGGCGAUCGUGAGAGACAGCGACGGGACAGUGAGGGUCGAGAGGGUGCAGGAUCUCUUGCCAGCCAGAUACAAGCCUGACAGCACUGUCGAGAGCAUAUCCGCGAAGCCGUCCUUAUACUUGAACCGUUAUCUCAACCGUCGCCAGCUCGACAACAGCUCAAUGGACCGUCCAGGGACGCCUGCCAGCUCGGCUCCUCCGGGCUACAGCGAAGAACCGCCGUCUUACAUGACGCCGAACGACUACGACGAUAACGAUGACAUGAGAUCUUCCAUGUCCGCCGCCGGAGCGAACGCCUCUGCGACGAUGCGACUGCUCCCGUCCGGCACUGGCAGCAGCAUAAACGAAAGCUACGAUAACUACGACACCUAUUCUCUUGCCAGUGACCUUGGGAGCGCGCAGUUUGGGAUGCGUCGGCCGUCGAUAAUUCAGCGUCAACAGUAUGUAACAUCUCACCAGGAUGGCAGCACAAGCACAGUGAUGGAAGCUCCAGGACCGCUGGACUCGGCUUCAGGCAAUAUCUCAGCGGAAUCACAUUCUGCCCAUGCCCAAGUCACUAUCCCUUGCCCUUCUUCCCCUGACAACACUCGUCUCCUUGCCCUGCCUCAAGAUAUCCCUCUAGAUGUCCUCCCCAAGAAAGAUGGCCCUAUCAAACAUGGCGCAAGGGGGAAGACGGCCUCUCUGCGGAUGUAUCAUCCUGCUCUCCCUGCCCCUUUGCGUCUGGCUACUCCCAAACCACCGAUUCUUCCAAGAGCCAGCCGCCAGAAUGACAACAUUGCCCUAGACGGCUUCUUUCUUGCCCCAACUCAUACCGACUUUGGGGGUUCGCUACCCGCCAUUCAGGAAGCAAUCGAUGAACUUGAAGCUGACCAGAGAUUAACUAGAUCCCCGGUAUCUACCUCAAGGCCCUCCCCCCAGCGAUAUCAUCCCCCCCACCAUCAGAAUUCCACAAUCACCAAUCCCCUUUCACGGCCUGCCUCGAGUAUAGGCCAGGCACCAGUCAUCCCCCCUCCUUCAGCUCCCAGCGUAGACGGAUCUCAAUAUUCAAUACGGGCCCCUUCGCCAACGAGGCCGUGGACCCCGUCUCGUGCCACAGACUGGCAACGACGCCCGUCAUCCGUCUCGAGCAUCAAUUACGAGCCACCAGACCUCAAUGGAAGUCCCCGGCCAGGAACUCCUAGCUCAAGGUAUGGAGGUAGCCCACGGCGUCCACUUCCUCCCGCACCUUUGUUCUCAGUUCCAGCACCAGUAUCAUAUUCCGGCGAGACCGCCAUCGAUAUAGGAGACGUUGACCCGAGUGACGAAAUGGAUGAUGUUUUUGGAGGCAAUGGCAGGACCAUAGAUCCCAAACGUGCGUCACAUGGCAGUUUGAGGUCUUAUCAAUCCUACAUGAGCGAGUCAACCAUGGUGACCGAUGAGAAGGAACAGAUGAAAAAGGUCGAUCUCGAAAACGAUGACGACGACGAAAGCGAAAGCGAAGUCUAUGCCGCAGCACCCACCGGCCGUCAGGAUAGGAGAGGCGUGAGGCAGGCGUUGAUGGCAAAGAAAGAGGUCAAGCUUGUCAACGGAGAGCUUAUCCUGGAAUGUAAAAUUCCUACCAUCUUACACAGCUUUUUGCCUAGGAGAGAUGAUCGAGAGUUCACCCACAUGAGAUACACGGCCGUGACUUGCGAUCCAGAUGACUUUGUAACAAAGGGGUACAAACUUCGUCAAAACAUCGGCAGUACCAUGCGCGAAACCGAACUGUUUAUCUGCGUUACGAUGUAUAACGAAAAUGAAAUCGACUUUACCCGUUCGAUGCAUGGAAUCAUGAGAAACAUAUCUCAUUUCUGUUCCAGGACCAAAUCGCGAACAUGGGGGAAGGACGGGUGGAAGAAAAUCGUUGUCUGCAUCAUUGCUGAUGGAAGACACAAGGUCCACCCACGCACUCUGAAUGCACUCGGAGCCAUCGGCGUGUACCAAGAUGGUAUUGCAAAGAACAUAGUUAACCAGAAGGAGGUCACAGCCCAUGUGUACGAAUACACGACACAAGUCUCCCUGGAUCCGGACUUGAAGUUCAAGGGUGCCGAGAAAGGUAUCGUGCCUUGCCAGAUGAUAUUCUGUCUCAAAGAACGAAACCAGAAGAAGCUCAACUCUCAUCGAUGGUUUUUCAACGGCUUCGGUCGCGCAUUAAACCCCAAUGUUUGCAUCUUGCUUGAUGUUGGAACGAAACCGGAAUCAACUGCCUUGUACCAUCUCUGGAAAGCAUUUGAUCAGGACUCCAAUGUAGCCGGCGCUGCCGGUGAAAUCAAAGCCGGUAAAGGAAAGGGAUGGGUGGGCCUACUCAACCCCUUGGUUGCGUCUCAGAACUUUGAAUAUAAAAUGUCCAAUAUUUUGGAUAAACCGCUCGAAUCUCUGUUUGGGUAUAUCACUGUCUUGCCUGGUGCGCUGAGUGCGUACAGGUACCAUGCUCUGCAAAACGACUCUACCGGCCAUGGGCCCCUCAGCCAAUAUUUCAAGGGUGAGAUGUUGCACGGGAAAAAUGCCGAUGUUUUCACGGCAAAUAUGUAUCUUGCUGAAGAUCGUAUUCUAUGCUGGGAGCUCGUUGCUAAAAGGGAGGAGCAAUGGUUGUUGAAAUUUGUCAAGAGUGCUGUCGGUGAAACCGAUGUUCCAGAUACCGUGCCGGAAUUCAUCUCUCAACGUCGAAGAUGGCUCAACGGAGCGUUCUUUGCAGCCGUCUACUCUCUAAUUCAUUUCCGACAGGUUUGGAAAACUGACCACACUCUCGCUCGCAAGAUUUUGCUGCAUAUUGAAUUCGUAUAUCAAUUCGUUAGCUUGGUUUUCACCUUCUUCUCUCUGGCCAAUUUUUACAUCACAUUCUACUUCGUCGCUUUAGCGGUGGCGGAUCCGAAAGUAGAUCCGUUUGGUCACGGAAUAGCGAACGUCAUAUUCAUUAUUCUGAGAUAUGCCUGUGUUCUACUUAUCUGCUUGCAAUUUAUCCUGUCCAUGGGAAAUCGGCCUCAGGGUGCGAGGAAAAUGUUCCUUAGUGGAAUGAUUGUAUACAGUAUCAUCAUGGUAUAUACGACGUUUGCCGGAUUAUAUGUCGUCGUCAGCCAAUUUACGUCUAAGUCGAAUAAAGAUAAGCUGGUUCUAGGUCAAAACGUGUUUACAAACGUGAUCGUCUCGACUCUAUCAACCGUUGGUCUUUAUUUCAUCAUGUCGUUCAUAUACCUUGACCCCUGGCACAUGUUUACCUCGUCCGCUCAAUAUUUUGCCCUGUUACCAAGUUACAUCUGUACGCUACAAGUCUACGCCUUCUGCAACACCCAUGAUGUCACUUGGGGUACAAAGGGAGACAAUGUCCAGCACACCGAUCUCGGUGCGGCACGUACCACAGGCUCGUCAACGGUCGAGCUCGAAAUGCCUUCUGAACAGCUUGAUAUUGAUAGCGGAUAUGAUGAGGCGCUUCGCAAUCUUCGCGAUAGACUCGAGGUGGAACAGCCACCAAUACCCGAAUCACAGAUGCAAGAAGACUACUACCGCGCUGUCCGAACAUACAUGGUGUCUGUAUGGCUGAUUGCCAACGCCAUCCUAGGCAUGGCUGUGACAGAGUCAUACAGCAACAAGCACAUUGGAACCAAUGGCUACUUGGCAUUCGUGCUAUGGAGUGUCGCUGGCCUUGCUGUAUUCCGUGGCAUAGGUUCUACUGCCUUUGCAAUACUCAACGUCGUUCAGAAGGUUGCUGAGGGUAGGAUGAAGUUUGUCGCUGGCAAAUGUUCAAACGGUAGCAGUGCAGGCAGCUCUGGUGCUCCAAGUUCUGUUGGAAGACUUCCUAAUAGAAACAUAAAGGAGAAGGUCACCGACUGGUUUAGUGAAACUGGAUGGACUGUGAAACGGCAGUUUGGAAAAGUGGCCUUUUGGAGGAAAUGA